AUGCUUCGCACGACACCGACAAUCGAGGAGUGCUACCGGCGGUACGAUGCACAAGACAAAGGUUACUUGACGAAGAGCGAGCUCAAAUGGGCGGUGACGGCGUUGCUGGGAAGUGCACCGAGCCGACUGGUGCUUCUAUCGCUCUUUGAGAUCGCUCCGGCUUCGUACGAGAUCAUGCAAGUCGAAAAAGACACAUUUGUCCGCGUCAUGACGCGCCGCGUGGCUAACAUCGACGUCACGGAGGGCAUUCGUCGAUGGUUCAAGGCGUUCGACCUAGAUUCGUCGGGGUUCAUCUCGCUAGCCAACUUCAAACAGGUGUGCCAGGCCAUCGCACCGCACAUGACACCGUCGGUGGUGCAUCAACUGUUUCGCGAAGCCGACACCAACCACGACGAUAAAGUACGUACUCCGCCAUCCAUUCUGGUUCAUUGCCCGUUCUUCCCUUUUAAGAAUGCUUUGAUAUUUGUUUUCUAUAAAUAUAUAUGUUCCAAACAUAGGUAAAAACAUGAAAUAAUAUAUCUGGACAAUAUAUAUUGAGCAUUGGGGGGUGGCUCUACCGAUUUCUACAUAUGAUGGAUAGGUAAGCUAUGGGGAAUUCGAGCGCCUGAUGCUGCUAUCACUGCAGCUGCAAACUCUAGCACCCCAUCCCUAAAAUCAAGAUGCCCCAGCGUCUUGUGGGUCCACAAUAUACAGCCCGCAUAACCGUCGCAAAGUCCGACUAUACACAGCCCCAUCAAAGAUCGUCAGUGAGCCAUCUAUCGUCCAUUUGGACGAAGUAGCGUCGUUGGUGACCCCGAAACCCCGAAACCCCUAAACUCCUAAACCCCCAAACCCCGAAUAGUACCGGUUUGAUUUCGUGCUCGCCUUGAUCGUUCUCUUCGCCACACAUGUUGAAAAUGCGCAUGAUCGUGCGGUCGUCGCAGUCAGCGUCGACCUUUUUGAUCAUCGAUUCGAACUCUAUAUAUGUUUCCCAACCACACGGGUAAGAGCGUUGCAAGAUCUUUGAUCAUUCUUAGUAAUCAUAUAUGUACAAGAAACAAAGCCAAUGUAUAUAUAUCAAGAAUAAUAUUGUGGUAUAUU